UGCGGCAAGGAGCCCAAAAACAAAGACAGCAGCAGCCAGCCGCGGCGGCAAGCAAAGCGCACUUGUCCUGUCCAAGCGCGCCUCAGCCAAACCAAACCCAUCGCCGCCUCUUGUCCAAGCUUCUUCGCCGCGGCCGCAGCAUCCUGUCCUGUUGGGCUAAGGAGCGAUGAGGCGCGUCGCUCGGUGCCCAGCCAAGUACUAGCCGAGUCUCCGUUGGAACGCCGAUGAGGCGGGGCACGCCGGCGGCGGCGGCGGCUACACCGCUGCUUCUCCUGCUGUGGCUCCUGCCGCUGCAUGCGGCGGCGGCGGCGGCUGCGGGCAGCGGUAGCUGCGCGCGGAGCUGCGGGGGCUUGACGGUGCGGUACCCGUUCAGCUUCUCCCCCGGCUGCGGGAUAUGGCUCGAGUGCGACCAGGCGAACGGCACCGCGUGGCUCCGGGCGGCGCACGAGCUGGGCCUGCGAGUGAGCAACGUCACGGCGCGCGCCCUCGUCCUCACCCUGCUCCCGGACUGCUCCCGCCGGCUCAACGCCUCCGUCGAGGCGCUCUUCUCGGACAACUACGCGCCCGGCCCCCAGAACACGCUCCUCGUGAGCUCGUGCAACCGCGACGACCGCACCAUGAACUGCGGCGUCCCGCCCGCGACCUACCUCAACGCCUCGUCCCACUGCUUCCACGGCGCUAAUAAAGCCGAGAACUUCAGCUGCGUCUCGCCCAUAGGCAACCGUUUCUUAAACGAAACCAAGAUACGGGCGCUCGGCUCGGAAUGCACCGGGCUGGUGUCGGCCGCGAGCUACUGGGACGCGCCGGCGCCGGUGCUGGCGGUCCAGCUGGGCGUGAUGGAACUGGAGUGGUGGAUGCGCGGGCCGUGCAGCUGCGCGCCCAAUGCCAACUGCACCCCCCUCACCACGCCGGCCGCCGGGCAGGGGUUCCGGUGCGAGUGCCAGGAGGGGUUCGAGGGCGACGGCUUCGCCGGCGGAACCGGCUGCCGGAGAGUUUCAGCUGCCAAGUGUAAUCCUUCAAGAAACCUAGCAGAAGGCUGUGGCAAGACGAUCCAAAUCGCCCUUCUUGUGGCAGGAAUCGUGUUUGGUGCCCUUGUAACGGGCGUGACCUGCGUGGUGUACCAGCUGCUGAAGCGCCGGUCGGCGUCCAUCCGGACGAAGCGCAGCACGAAGCGGCUCCUGUCGGAGGCCUCCUGCGCGGUGCCCUUCUACUCGUACCGCGAGAUCGAGCGCGCCACCGACGGCUUCUCCGACGCCAAGCGCCUGGGCACGGGCGCCUACGGCACCGUGUACGCCGGGCGGCUCAGCGACAGCCGCCUUGUUGCCGUGAAGCGGAUCCGGCAGCGCGACAACGCCGGCCUCGACUGCGUCAUGAACGAGGUGAAGCUGGUGUCGUGCGUGUGCCACCGCAACCUCGUCCGCCUCCUCGGCUGCUGCAUCGAGCAGGGGCAGCAGAUCCUGGUGUACGAGUUCAUGCCCAACGGCACGCUGGCGCAGCACCUGCAGCGGGAGCGCGGCCCCGCGGCGAUGCCGUGGACGGUGCGCCUCCGCAUCGCCGCCGAGACAGCCAAGGCCAUCGCGUACCUGCACUCGGAGGUGAACCCGCCCAUCUACCACCGCGACGUCAAGUCCAGCAACAUCCUGCUCGACUACGAGUACAACUCCAAGGUCGCCGACUUCGGGCUGUCGCGGCUGGGCAAGGCGCCGCUGGGGGACUCCUCCCACAUCUCCACGGCGCCGCAGGGCACGCCGGGGUACGUCGACCCGCAGUACCACCAGAACUUCCACCUCUCCGACCGGAGCGACGUGUACAGCUUCGGCGUCGUGCUCGUGGAGAUCAUCACCGCCAUGAAGGCCGUCGACCUGACCCGGGCGCCCAGUGAGGUGAACCUGGCGCAGCUCGCCGUGGACCGGAUCGGCAGGGGCCGCGUGGACGACAUCGUGGACCCGUACCUGGACCCGCACCGGGACGCGUGGACGCUCUCCUCCAUCCACAAGGUGGCCGAGCUGGCGUUCCGGUGCCUGGCGUUCCACAGCGAGAUGAGGCCGUCCAUGGCCGAGGUCGCCGACGAGCUGGACCAGACACAGCGCAGCGGGUGGGCGCCGUCGGCGGACGACGCCGCGUGCAUGUCCACGUCGUCGUCGAUCUGCUCGUCGGGGGCGUCGACGCGCGGCACGGACAGGUCGUGGGGCGCCGGCAGGAGCCGGACGGACAGGGAGAGGGCCGCGGCGAACGCCCUGGCCGCGCAAGAGGCUGCCAAGGGCGGCGCGGCGGAGUCUCCCGUGUCCGUGCAGGAGAGGUGGUUCAGCGACCGGAGCUCCCCUUCCUCCAACAGCUUGCUGGGCAGUCGCCCCCUGCACUGAACUGAGCCACGACAUUGCUCGAUCUCCUCCUGUAUACUCAACACGUAUCAGCUAGCUAGUUAAGUUGUACAAAACAUUGUGCAUGAUUAGUUGGGCAAGAACAAUGAAAUCGAGUCGGAGACAAUUAGUUCGGUUGCAACUUCCAACAAUGAGAUCGAAUCAGAGAUACUGCAA